AUAUGGCACCUGUGGAGCUUGAGUCCUGAAUUCGUGCGUGCCGUAUAAAAAGCAUCAAGUAUCACUGAAAUUUUUCUUUAAUCAAGAAGUGCGCAGUUUCAGGUUUCCGGUAUUUGAAGAUCAGGUUUUAACCGACUGUCAGUGAUCUGUCAUUUGUAAGAUGAGCAACUCUUUGAAGAAUGAAUAUGGUGACCACUCGGGCAUCUUUUAUUCCAUCGUAACUGUGAGUGACAGAUGUUAUGCUGGAGUCGCAGAGGAUCUCUCGGGAAGUGACCUGCAGAAGUUCAUCAAAGAGAUUGGAGGGAUUGCGAUUGAUUAUUCUGUUGUUCCUGAUGAUGUGAAUCAUAUUGAGUCAAAACUCCGCUCUUUGGUGGAACAAGAUCGUAGCCAAGUAAUCCUCACCACUGGGGGUACAGGUUUUGCGCCAAGAGAUGUCACGCCAGAAGCAACUUUGCGUAUCAUUGAAAAAAGAGCGCAGGGUCUCGAAACAGCCAUGACAAUGGCAAGCCUUCAGAAAACCUGUUUUGGAAUGCUUUCUCGAGCUGUCUGUGGCGUAAGCAAGAGGGCAUUGAUCAUUAAUCUACCAGGAAGCCGCAAAGGAGCCAUGGAAUGUUUUGAAGCCAUCGUUAAAGUCAUUCCUCAUGCUGUGGCUUUGAUUCGCGAUGAUAUACACAAAGUCAAAGUGUCUCAUGGUGAAGUUGAGAGCAAAACAGCCUCUAAUGGCUGCACCACACCAUUGGGAACUUGCACUGCUAAAAUGAAGCCCGACGAUGAUGAGGUGCAAGAGACUAAAUUCAAAUCAAAGGUAAAUUGUGAUGUGACUGGACGGCCGCGACACUCUAAGUAUGAUAUGGUAGAGGACAAAGAGGCACUAAAAAUCAUUGUUUCAGCUAUAGAUGGUGAGCAUAAACGAAAAACAGAGAAAAUCAGCGUGAAGGCAGCUCGCGGUAGAUCCCUCGCAAAGCCUUUGAUUUCAUCAAUAAACAUUCCAGCUUGCGAUGUCUCCACGAAAGAUGGCUAUGCGGUGCGGUCAACGGAUACUUCUGAUUUGCGCACAGUGAUCCAUCACUCAGAACCAGCUUCUGAUGCAUCAGAGUUGAGAAAUCUGGGUGAAAACGAAUGUAUCAGAGUGACCACCGGGGCUCCACUUCCCCCGGGAGCAGAUGCUGUUGUUCAGGUUGAAGACACAGAAUUAGUCAGUUGUGAUUUGGACAGAAAAGAGGAGACCGUCAUCAAGCUGAAGAAAUUACCCAACUUCGGACUGGAUAUCAGGAAAAGUGGCAGUGAUGUGAGAAUCGGAGAUUUAGUGGUCAGUGGAGGAACUGCCCUUAAUUCUGUGGAUAUUGCUCGAAUAGUGUCUGUUGGAGUGACAGAAAUCACCGUGUUCAAGAAACCAAUUGUUGCUGUUCUGUCUACGGGCAAUGAAAUUGUUGAUGCCUUUACCAUGAAGCGAGCAAAGAAAGGAGCUAUUUUUGACUCGAAUAGAAUCAUGCUUAUCUCUAUGUUGGAAAAAAAUGGAUACCCAGUUGUUGACAUCGGUAUUGUUCCUGAUGAGCCGUCAUGUUUACUGGAAAAGCUGUCAUUGGCACUGAGCCAAGCAGACGUCAUUAUCUCAUCUGGUGGUGUCUCAAUGGGUGAGAAAGAUUUCCUCAAGCCAGUCCUGGAAAUAGAUCUGGGUGCCAAAAUUCUCUUUGGUAGGAUCAACAUGAAACCAGGGAAACCAACAACGUUUGCAACGUUGAAGUGGGAGGAUAAGACAAAAUUUGUUUUUGCGCUACCAGGUAACCCAGCCUCGUCACUAGCAACAGCCAUUUUGUUUGUUCUUCCAGCGCUUCGACUGAUGGAGGGUCUCAGCUGCUAUAACUCUAAAGCAGAUAUUUCCGUGGUUACAAAAGAUUCUUCCUAUAAACUUGAUACGAGACCUGAGUAUUAUCGCUCUGUAUUGAGAUAUUGCAAAAGUAUGGCGGAAGUUAUCAUUGAUGGGCCUCAAGCUAGUAGCGGUCUCAGUGAAUUUGCUCAAGCAACAGUUCUAGCCCGACUGCCUUCAAUUUCAGAAGCUUCGGCUGAUAAUUAUGGUCCUCAGCACACAAUAACACCCAAUACAGAGGCUCUCUGUCCAGUAUAUUUUAUUGGCCAGUACAUUUAGAGCAAAAUUUUCCCCACAUGAGUUCCUAAAGGAUGAGUUCUAGCCGUACAAGUUGCAGGAAGGUAUGAUUUUUCAAGUAAAUGUUAAGACAUCAUGAAACUAUUUAAGUGCCUCUUCCAUUAGAUAUAAGAUCUAUAUGAAUUACAUAACUAAAAAAUUUCAAUAUUUUCAUACCUCCUAUUACCCUUUAGUAAUACUCUUCAGUAUGUUUCUUUACCUCAGAUUUAUGCCACCAGACACUCGAUACUCACGCACUACCCAUUCCGUGUAGUCAAUAGAAAAUUAAAUUAGCUAGACUGAAAAAGGGUAUUAUUAGGCUUUUAGGGCAUAACAUAGGGUUGCAAACAUUUUCCGGUUAUGGGAGCAGCUCAGUUGUGUGAAAAUGGGGGAAACCGCUGUGAAAACAGGAAGUAAUAGGGAAGCCUCUAUGAAGAUAAGACAAAAACAGGGAUCCUCACCUAAAAUAAGGUGUUAAGAUUUUUAUUUUUUUCCUCUGGGGGAAGCAAUCAUGAGUUUUGAUCUAAAAUGGGGAAGGUUGAUAGAAUUGGGGGAAGACCAAUUGAAUUUGAAGGAAAGCUUAGAACUGAAGGGAAGUCUCACUAGAGUAGGGAAUAAUUUUAAUCAAGACAAGGUAAACAUUAUACUUUCAUCAGGAUCUCAGCACUUAUGACACUAAAUUUUUGAAAACUAGUUUGCUUAAAAUUGCACAAAAAGUUUGCUACGAAGCCUCUCAGGUUAAUGUUUUGAUUGACCAAAGGUUUUUUUUUUUAGGAGUAUUCUCUUGGGUAGUCUUUUCUUUUAAUGUGAAAAAGAGCUCUUGCAGUUUUGUAAUCUUGUAAUUUUAAUUAAUUCAAAUCAUUGAAUAGAAAAUAAUGUCAUUGUUGAUUUACAAUUAAAUUAUGGUUACUGUGAAUUCGUACUCCAUAAAACUGUGUUUUAUGCUAAGUUAACUUGUCAGAAUUUUAUUCUCUUGCUUGCUCGUUUGUUUGUUCAUUUUUUUGUUUGUUUGUUUUUUUUGUUUGUUUGUUUGUUUGUUUCUUUCUUUUUUUCUUCCUUUCUUUCUUUAUUUGUUCGUUGGUUUGUUUGUUUCUUGGUCUUUUAAAAUGUUCUUGGUCGAAGUUAUUUACUUCCAAUUUCAAUUUUCCGAAACCAGUCUCAAUUUUCAUAGUUUUAGUACAGUUGCUCAAUUAUUUUCACUGUCGUAGUGUGAUGGUGAAGUUUCAAUUUUCUUUUCCAAAAAUUUUCGACAAGGGAAUUUUGUAUUUCUAUGUAUUUUGUCUUUACUUUUUAGUGAAGACAGGGAUGCACACGGUGUUUUCCUCUCAUAUCAUCUUGGAGCUCUGAGGAAAAGCUUCCGAAUUUUUUAUUUGAAAAUUCAAAAUAUCAAGUAAAAAUUUCAAAAAUGCACAGGAGCAUUUGCAAUACUAUUACGUGUUUUCGUUUUUUUUAAAAAAAAAAAAAAAAAAAAAAAACCUUAAGGCUUUUUAAGCUUUGCCUGCCUUUUAUUACGUCACAUGAAAUUUAGAUUCCCAUGAUUUAGAAUUUUUUGUGUUCCUGUUAGAAAGCUGUCUGUCGUUAUUUUCUUGAAGUUUCCAAACAUUUUUUAAUUAAUAUUUUGAGAAGACGAAUCUCAAAUUCGACGAUAGAGCCUAUAGUUUUUCCAUGACCCAUCAUCAGAUGAAGUAUUUUUUGCCUAAGUUCUUUUUUUGUGUAAGUUGAUUGUUCGUAAACCUUUGAUUAGCAUUUAAUACCUGUAUGCUGUGUUAUACCUAAAAUGUACAAACAUUUUAAAUAUUUAAACUAAAAACUAUUAUCAAAGUUAAAGUAAAAUUUUAAAUUAGUUAAAUCAAAGCAAAAAAAAGUCAUGUAGUUGCAUACUUCCUACAAUGGGUAUAUUUUAUCUAUUAGCGGAUACGUAAUUAAGCAAGGAAAGAUUGAGUUUUUAAAUUUUAGGGAUUUUAUUCUUAAUAUUUUGUGUAUUUACUGUCAAAAUCCUGAUGGCAAAUAUCCAGAUUAAAUGCAGAGUGAUAGCUGAAGUCAACAAAUGUAUAACUCAGUUACCUAAAAAAAUCUCAGAUUAUGUUUCAUUUUUUAAGAGGAAUCUUACCAAAUGAGCUUCUUGAAAUUUCCAAUGGAUAUUUUAAAGUACCUUUUUUCAGAGAGUAUGGACGUAUGUGAUCCAAGAAACGAUCUGCCCGAUACUUUGAAUGAGAGAAAUUUUAAAAAAUUUUAAAGGUUUUGUGACUUUUAAACUGGAGACAUACAUUUUUAGACUUUAGCUAUUGAUGAGUCUAAUUCGUAAGAAGAGGUCCAAGAAAAAAUGUAGUUCAGCCUUUCUGUAAGAAAUGGAGGUAUAAAUGGCGAUGUUUCACCUCAAGAUUCCUAUUAUAAAAAAAUGCUCACAUAUAUAGGUAAUGUUGAGGCAAGUAGACUUUUUACAUCAGCAAGUGUCAAAUUCUAUAAAUAUUUUACAGGAUGAUAUAAGCUCUAUUUCUAAUUACGAGCUUUAAUUUUAUUUUUUAUGGUCUAGUAAAUAACUGUACACCUGUAAACUCUCAUUUUUAUGUGUCAUUUUUCAUAGUUUCUAAGUGUUAAAAUCUGUCAAAUCUAUAUUUUUUCACGUUUUUAUGAAAGAAUCUUAUAUUUUUCUAGUUUUUUAGUUGCUUUUGUGUACUUCUCUCUUUUAUAUGGAUUAGAAUACUAAGCACAAGGAAAAAUAAAGGUUUUUUAAUCUUUUUAA